AUCUUCCAGGAACGGGGGAGUGGAAUUCAAUGACGUUUGAUGGAUCUUCCAGGAGAGGAGCCCUAGAUAGACUACGAGUACGAGUACGAGUACAUGAAUUGAUGAGGUGCCGUAGAACAGUUGGUCUUGAGGUAAGAGGAAUUGUUAUUUAAAGAGCCGUGAAGGCCUACGUUGGAACCUCCUUUCUACAUCGACAAUCAUCUUGUUAUAUUCAUCGAAAACUAUCAAUUAUACAAAUCUUACCUCUAAAAAACCCUUUCCCCCAGCAAACAUCAAUCAACAUGUCCGAACCUUUCCGCAAAGACUUCUCCACCCAGGCCAGGGAGGAGAUCACUCCGGACUCCUCCAAGUCCACCCUGGACCGUGCAAAAGAGUGCGUCACUGGCACCGCCGACAGAGCAGCCGGCGGUCUCCAGAGCGACCACCACAAAAGCAAUACACAAGAGGCUUUCGACAGGACCCGCCGUGAGAAAGACUCCCAGAAGGACAACAGUGAAAGUCUUUUGGACAAGACUAAGCACGCCCUCGGUGUUGACAAGCACUAAACACACGCCACCCAUAGUGUGUCAUUGACGGGUGGGCCUCCGGAUUUUUGGAGUUCUUGGGGGUAUCUAAAUUACCGGUAUGACGGAUUCGAGUGUGUGGAUGUGUUGGGGCUAGUGGGAUUGGACCUUUGUUAGCUUUUAAUAUAUCUUAUUUGAAGA